AACUUGUCAUCUGUUAUCAGCUGUUCCUGUCGGCAGUAGCUUGUUACCUCACAGCAAUUUAUUAGAAAUUUUGACAUAAAAUGUUGCCGAUGGCACGAAGUAUUCUCAAUGGACUCGUCCAGAUAACUCGGAGUAGCCGCGGCGCUGCCUUUCAUACAUCCAGCUUAAUGGGAUGUAAAGCUGCUGAUACUGAAAGUAAUAACACUGGAGACAAUGCGGAUACGGAUGCCGAUGCCACCGAAUCGAGCACACAAAGCUCCGUUCCAGAUGUCAAUGAUCGCACAAAAGUUAUUCCUGUAGAGUCGUCGAUACGGUAUCUGAAGAGUGCGGCAUAUAAGCAAACCUAUGGCGAUGGUUUCGUAUGGUCGCAAUACCGGCGUAACCACAAAGGUAUGUAUGCCCCACGUAAGACACGGAAGACAUGCAUACGCCAAGGCAAAAUCUCCACUGGUAAUCCCUGCCCCAUUUGCCGGGAUGAAUAUCUGGUAUUAGAUCAUCGCAAUACGGAACUGAUUGAUCAAUUCAUAUCCCCACACAGUGGUGAGGUUUUGAGCUAUUCGAAAACGGGUCUGUGCCAGAAGAGUCAUUUGCGCUUGUUGGUUGCCGUCCAACGGGCUCGUGAUUACGGUCUACUCACCUAUGAUGUACCAUUCAGAGAAUACGAUUACAGCGAGUACUACGGCCAACCAAAACAGAAACAACAAAAGUCUUGAAAUGUGAACAAAAAAAAACUUCAUUAAUUUUCUUUAUUAAAAAAUAUGAAUAACGCUUUACUUUUGAUCGAUUAAUUUUGGAUUUUGUCACUAGCGUUAAAUAUAAAAGUAAAAUCGGUUUUAGAAAAAUUCGAAA